GAGGCGUCGCUGCGACAAGAACAUAACUCUGUCCUUCACUCCAAUUCCUCACAAUACCAACACCAACCUUUUAAGCCUUAAGGCGGCGACAGUAUCUUCACUCCCUUUAUGAAUUUUGAAUCUUCUUUACACUUGUUUCUCCACCCUCUUCCUCUAACUUCAUCCAUUUUCUUAAUUCCAUUUUUUUCUUCCAUUUUCACUUGUUGUCAUUGCUAUUCCGCACAAUUUGAUGUUCCCCACUAAUUCCCUCAAUAAGGGACUUGAUUCUCUCCUCCCUCUUGAUAAAACAAACCUUAUCUUCCAACCUACUCGUUCGGGCAUUUCCACAAACAUGUGGCGGAACGUCGCCAAACAAGCUUGUUGGGGGUUUCGCAUUCGCUUGCACCCUCCCAGGCCUCUUAUUAUCUCCCAAGAUUUCGUUUUCCCCCUAAACAGGGAGAUUUUAUGCCAUGGGGAAAAACCAAAUCGUAUUGGGCAUGCUCAAUUUCAAUUUGGUGUUAAAGGGUAUGCUGGAGUUGCCGAGGCAGUUUCUUCCACGGACGUUGAGGAAGAUGCUUCCCCUGUUGAUGAAAUUCAAGAAUUGUUGCAUGGGAUGAGGAAAGAAGAGCAGAAGACGAAGGUGGUUGGUUUUAGGUGGCAGAGUCAGCUGAACUUGACUGUGGGAAUGAAACAGUCUAGGUACCAAGAGCUGAGAAGAAGGCAGGUUAAGAUUGAGACUGAAGUGUGGGAAGAGGCUGCCAAGGAGUAUAGGGAGCUUUUGAUGGACAUGUGUGAGCAGAAGCUGGCACCCAAUCUGCCAUACAUGAAGUCACUCUUUCUUGGCUGGUUUGAGCCUCUGCGGGAUGCCAUCGCUAAGGAACAGGAAAUGUACCAUAUGGGGAAGAACAGAAUGGCCUACGCACCUUACUUUGUUCAGUUACCGGCUGACAAGAUGGCUGUUAUCACCAUGCAUAAGUUGAUGGGGUUGUUAAUGACAGGGACCGAACAUGCCACAGUUGGCACUGCCAGGGUUGUGCAGGCUGUCUGCAGCAUAGGUGAUGCCAUUGAACAGGAGGUUAGAAUACACAAGUUCUUGGAGAAAACUAAAAAGAAAAAGGGUGAUAAAGGCAAGAAAAAUGAAGCAGGUGAAUCUGUUGCUGCUGUCAAGGAAGAGGAAAAGAUGCGGAAAAAAGUCAUGGAUUUGAUGAAAAAGCAAAAGCUUGUUGCAGUGAGGGGGAUACUGAAAAGCCAGGAUGAUACAAAACCAUGGGGACCAGUCAUGAAGACAAAGGUGGGAAGCCGUUUAGUUGAGCUCUUGAUGCAGACAGCAUAUAUACAACCACAAUCAGAUCAACUACUGGAUUGUGCACCUGAUAUCCGACCUGCAUUUGUGCAUUCGUUUAGAACGGUGACAAAAGAGGCAACGAAAGCAAGCAAAAAAUACGGUAUUAUUGAAUGUGACCCUCUAAUUCUUAAAGGCCUUGACAGAACUGCAAAAAAUAUGGUUAUUCCUUAUAUGCCUAUGUUGGUUCCACCAGUCAACUGGACAGGUUAUGAUAAAGGUGGGCACUUGUUCUUACCUUCCUAUGUCAUGCGUACUCAUGGAGUUAGGCAACAACGUGAGGCUGUUAAGAGGCCCCCUAGGAAGCAACUAGAGCCUGUAUUUGAGGCUCUGGAUACUCUUGGGAAUACGAAAUGGAGGGUAAAUAAGAAGGUCCUGAGUGUCGUAGACAGGAUAUGGGCUAGUGGAGGCCGUCUUGCUGAUUUGGUGGACCGCGAUGAUGUUCCUUUACCUGAGGAGCCAGAUACCGAUGAUGAAGCGCUGAUAAAGAAAUGGAAGUGGAAGGUCAAAUCUGUAAAGAAAGAGAACAGGGAGAGAUAUUCACUACGUUGUGACAUAGAACUUAAACUUGCUGUAGCACGAAAAAUGAAGGAUGAAGAAGGUUUUUACUACCCACACAACCUUGAUUUCCGAGGUCGUGCAUACCCCAUGCACCCACACUUAAAUCACCUUGGUUCAGAUGUAUGCCGGGGUAUAUUGGAAUUUGCAGAAGGACGCCGUCUUGGAAAGUCAGGCCUACACUGGUUGAAGAUACACUUGGCAAAUCUAUAUGCUGGCGGUGUUGAUAAACUAUCUCAUGAGGGUCGCAUGGCAUUCACUGAAAAUCAUUUGGCUGACAUAUUUGAUUCUGCAGACAAUCCUCUUGAAGGGAGGCGGUGGUGGUUGAAUGCAGAAGACCCAUUGCAGUGCCUAGCCGUGUGCAUAACUCUAAGUGAAGCUUUAAGAAGCUCUUCACCAGAAACAUUCAUUUCACAUAUUCCAGUACAUCAGGAUGGCUCUUGUAAUGGUUUACAACAUUAUGCUGCCUUGGGAAGAGACAAGUUAGGGGCUGCUGCUGUUAAUCUAGUUGCAGGAGAGAAGCCAGCAGAUGUUUACUCAGGAAUAGCAGCUAGAGUAUUAGACAUCAUGCGAAGAGAUGCUCAGAAAGAUCCUGCAAUUUUUCCUGAUGCUCUUCAUGCAAGGACUCUAGUUAAUCAGGUGGAUAGAAAAUUGGUUAAGCAGACAGUGAUGACAUCAGUGUAUGGUGUUACUUACAUUGGUGCACGGGAACAAAUAAAAAGGAGGUUGAAAGAAAGGGAUGCCAUUUCAGAUGAUACGGAGCUUUUUGGUGCUUCUUGUUAUGCUGCUAAGGUCACCUUAACUGCCUUAGAGGAAAUGUUUCAAGGUGCACGAGAUAUCAUGAGCUGGCUUGGUGACUGUGCAAAAAUAAUUGCAUCUGAAAAUCAACCAGUGCGCUGGACCACUCCUCUUGGACUUCCUGUAGUGCAACCUUACCGUAAACUAGGAAGGCAUAUUAUCAAAACUUCACUUCAGAUGUUGACAUUGCAACGAGAAACAGAUAAGGUCAUGGUCAAACGGCAGAGAACGGCAUUUCCUCCAAAUUUUGUUCACUCACUCGAUGGUUCUCAUAUGAUGAUGACUGCAGUAGCCUGCAACAAAGAAGGUUUGAAUUUUGCAGGGGUUCAUGAUUCAUAUUGGACGCAUGCAUGUGAUGUGGAUAAAAUGAACAGAAUAUUGAGAGAGAAGUUUGUAGAACUCUACGAGACUCCAAUAUUGGAAAAUUUAUUGGAGAGCUUUCAGAGGUCUUUCCCAUUAUUAUCAUUUCCACCCUUGCCUGAAAGGGGAGACUUUGACUUAAGGGAAGUUUUAGAGUCACCAUAUUUCUUCAACUGAUUCUGCUGGUUUCUUUAAGGCUUGGAAUCGUUCCUUUUGGGCUUACUGACAACAUCUCAAGUAAUGUCUUAAGAGUGUGAACAUGGCAACGGCAACAGAUCUUCUGAAAGUACUCCUUAUAGAGGCUAUUUCAGUGACUGCAUCUAUCUUCAAAGGCAUCAUCCAGGCAGGGUCUUGAGGACGACCCUUUUGGUAUGAAAAUAUAUUCCACCCUAAUCUACUUGGUUGUUGAUGUGCGGAUGUAUACCUUGUACCAUACGAGAUAGAAGCUUUUGAAGCUGCUGCAACAAUCAGCAGGCUCCCAAGGGAAAGCCAAGGAGUUAAAAUUUGCAUUGCCAGUUUCUGCAGCACAAACAAUAAAUUUCAUUUAUUAAUUUGACGAGUAUGGAGCAUCAUUAACAAUUUCUGUAGCAAAUCUUGACCUGGUUCAGCAUCAAGUAACCGUGCAAAGCAUACCAUGAGUAGCUGCAAACCAUGAUGUCAACAGAGAAUUCUAUGGUUUUCAUUUAUAUCGGUGUAUUCAUUUGUUCAAGUUUUUCGCUUGUAAAUAUGAAGAGACAUUUGUUUGAAUUAGUGU